GUUUUUUUUUUAAUAAACAAGGUCUGAACUGAUCUAAAAAAUAUAAUUUAUUCAAUAAUAAACGUCCUGUUAUUGCAGUCUUACAAUGCCUGAAAAGCCAUCUUUGUACUACGCUCUAUUUAGUCCUCCGGCACGGGCCUGCAUUCUAACUGCAAAGCUUAUUGGACUAGACUUAGAUCUUAUUGCUGUUGACUUUUCCAAAAAGGAGCACUUGAGUCCGGAGUUUCUAAAGCUCAAUCCGCAGCAUCAGAUUCCCGUGUUCGUGGACACAGACGGAGAGGUCUAUGUGGAUAGUCAUGCAAUUAUGUGCUUCAUGGUGGCCAAGUAUGCUAAAGAUGAUCAAUUGUAUUCGAAAGACUUGAAGCGUCGUGCACACAUUGAUCAUCGCAUGCACUAUGAGAACGGCGUGCUCUUUCAGGUGAUCAAAGACAUUGUGGCACGGAAUAUAUACGGUGGCGAGGCGGAGUUCAAUGCGCGCUCCUUAGAACUUUGUCACAAUGCAUAUGCCUCGUUAGAGCAAUUUUUGAAUCAGGGCAGCUUCGUUGUUGGCAAUGAAUUAAGCGUGGCUGAUAUAUCCAUUCACACGACACUGAUUACACUGGAGUUGCUUGUUCCUAUAGACCAGGAACGGUAUCCGGAGAUUAACGGAUGGCUACAGCGAAUGCAGAAAUUGCUGCCAGACUAUGAAGAGAUUAAUCUAAAGGGUGCGAAGGCUCUGCAGCAACGUAUUCUAAACUGCAUGGCCGAACACAAGGCAAAUAAUUAAUUGUUCAAUGUUUGUGUUUGAUUUGUUCAUAUAUAUAAUAUGUAUUUGCAAUUUGAAUUAAUUUGUUUAUAAGCUAAUUGGAUUAAAUUCUGGCUACACUAAAUUCUCAUGUGUCUUUUGAUUUGGAAGUCAAAUGUUGGUAUUCAUGUGAAAUAAGUUGCUCGUUGUGAGUUUUCUUUUGAUGCAUUUGUUGUUUGUUUUCAUCGAUAUAUAAGCAAAAGUUUUGAUUUUGAAACAAAAGUUUUGAUUUUGAAACGGUCACUGAACUACCAAACAUGUGUAUAACUAGAAUACGACGUAUAUAUAACGGUAUAUUUAUGUAUGUAUUUGUUUGUAUGCAAGAAUAAUAAUAUUUAAGGUUUUGUCUGAUAUCAUAGUUUGUUAUCGCAGGUAACUUGCCUACUACUCCUUCUUCUAUAUCUAGCUAUAUACAACACAAU